CUUUCACUGGAAAGAAAACAGCUGAGCCUCACAGGGAGGGAGCCCUCCCACCCGCCAGACCCGCUCCGCAGCCUUCAGGGAAGGCUUCCUGGAGUCCGCAGCGCUUGGCUCCGGCUGGGCUGAUGGCUGGGCUGAAGCAGGCGUUGCAGCCCCGGGUGGUCGCUCUGCGCUGUCGCCGCCAGCCCUCGAGUUUCCCCUGGAGGCGGACAGCAGAGCAGGGCUGCCCUCUGUUCAGGCCCAGAACCCAGGACCCCAGCCCCAACUGCUCAGACCUCACUGGUGAGAUGCUGUCCAGAGCCACCUGGAGCUUGGUACUGAGGAGAGGACCUGGAAUUCGGGGGACACACAGCCCAGGAGGUGCCGCUGGCGGCCAGGGCAAGAUGCCCCCCUAUACCAACCACUGUGCGCAGCGCUACUACCCCAUGCCGGACGAGCCCUUCUGCACGGACCUCAGUGCCGAGCAGCGUGUCCUGAAGGAAAAGGAGAAGGGCAGCUGGACGCAGCUGAGCCACGCCGAGAAGGUGGCCUUGUACCGGAUCCAGUUCCAGCAGACCUUCGCAGAGAUGAACCAGAGCUCCAAUGAGUGGAAGACGGUGACGGGCUGUGUCUUCUUCUUCAUGGGAAUAACGGCUUUGAUGAUUUGGUGGAUGAGGGUCUAUGUGUUCCCGGAGAAGCCCGUCACCCUGACGGACGAGUGGAAGGCGCGGCAGCUGCAGCGCGUGCUGGACAUGAAGAGCAACCCGGUGCAGGGCCUGGCGGCGCGCUGGGACUACGCGAGGAGAGAGUGGAGGAAGUGACG